UAACUAAAAUACUUCCUGUUGUUCAGGUUGAAUCAGUGAAUGUAAAUGUUGCUCCAUGUCUCCAUCUAGUGGACUGAUAGUAGAAGUGCAGCAGCUGAUGGCAGCUUCCUCUGCCUCUCUGCUGUCUGACUGCAUUCACCUGACACUGAUAUGAAGCAGAGAAGAAGAGCCAAUCAGAGGAGGAGCAGCUGAUCUUUUUCCAGCUCUAAUGAUGUAAAGGAUGAUCAGAGUUGAUGUGCAGAUGAAUGAUGUGUGUUUCCUCUGCAGGUGAAGGUAGAAAGUGUGUGUGAGCUGAUGUGAAUUCAGCAGCAUGGAUCAGUGUGAGGACAGAGAGGAGGGAGUCCCUCCCUCUAAAACCACUCUGUGUGGGGAAGAUGAGAGCCAGAGCAAAGGUCAGAGGAUCCAUCAGAGACUCAAACCAGAACCAGAACCAGAACCCAGCUGUGUGUCCUUUAAGAGUGACAUGUCAAAGGAUGAGAUCAUUGACUUUAAAUCUCCUGGAUCUCCACCAUCAGAGAGAGUGGACCAGCAGAACUCAACGGUUCCCAGUGGUUCAUCUGUCCAGCAGCAUCAAACACAGCUGGACUCCAUAUUUAUGGUGCUGGAGGACAACAUUGUCACUUUUGUGAAGAAAGAGCUAAAGAAGAUUCAGAAGGUUCUGAGUCCUGAUGACACAGAAAGUUCAGAGAGUCAGAGAGAUGAUGAUGUGUUGGAAGGUGAGGAUGAAGAGCAGAGGAGGAGCAGCAGAGAGGCAGUGAUGAAGAUCACACUGAACUUCCUGAGGAGGAUGAAGCAGGAGGAGCUGGCUGACCAUCUGCAGAGCAAACAAUUUGCUGCAGUUUGUCAACAUCAACUUAAAUCUGGUCUGAAGAAGAAGUUCCAGUCUGUGUUUGAGGGGAUUGCUAAAGCAGGAAGUCCAACCCUUCUGAACCAGAUCUACACAGAGCUCUACAUCACAGAGGGAGGGACUGGAGAGGUCAAUGAUGAACAUGAGGUCAGACAGAUUGAAACAGCAUCCAGGAAACCAGACAGACCAGAAACAACAAUCAGACAAGAAGACAUCUUUAAAGUCCCACCUGGAAGAGAUCAACCAAUCAGAACAGUGAUGACAAAGGGAGUGGCUGGCAUUGGGAAAACAGUUUUAACACAGAAGUUCACUCUGGACUGGGCUGAAGACAAAGCCCACCAGAACAUCCAGUUCAUAUUUCCAUUCACUUUCAGAGAGCUGAAUGUGCUGAAAGAGAAAAAGUUCAGUUUGGUGGAACUUGUUCAUUAUUUCUUUAGUGAAACCAAAGAAAUCUGCAGCUUUGAACACUUCCAGGUUCUGUUCAUCUUUGAUGGUUUGGAUGAGAGUCGACUUCCUCUGGACUUCCACAACAAGGAGAUCCUGACUGAUGCUACAGAGUCCACCUCAGUGGAUGUUCUGCUGACAAACCUCAUCAGGGGGAAACUGCUUCCCUCUGCUCUCCUCUGGAUAACCACACGACCUGCAGCAGCCAAUCAGAUCCCUCCUCAGUGUGUUGGCAUGGUGACAGAGGUCAGAGGGUUCAAUGACCCACAGAAGGAGGAGUACUUCAGGAAGAGAUUCAGAGAUGAGGAGCAGGCCAGCAGGAUCAUCUCCCACAUAAAGACAUCACGAAGCCUCCACAUCAUGUGCCACAUCCCAGUCUUCUGCUGGAUCACUGCUACAGUUCUGGAGGAUGUGUUGGAGACCAGAGAGGGAGGAGAGCUGCCCAGAACCCUGACUGAGAUGUACAUCCACUUCCUGGUGGUUCAGACCAAAGUGAAGAAGGUCAAGUAUGAUGGAGGAGCUGAAACAGAUCCACACUGGAGUCCAGAGAGCAGGAAGAUGAUUGAGUCUCUGGGAAAACUGGCUUUUGAUCAGCUGCAGAAAGGAAACCUGAUCUUCUAUGAAUCAGACCUGACAGAGUGUGGCAUCGAUAUCAGAGCAGCCUCAGUGUACUCAGGAGUGUUCACACAGAUCUUUAAAGAGGAGAGAGGUCUGUACCAGGACAAGGUGUUCUGCUUCGUCCAUCUGAGUGUUCAGGAGUUUCUGGCUGCUCUUCAUGUUCAUCUGACCUUCAUCAACUCUGGGGUCAACCUGAUGAAAGAAACACAAACAUCUAAGAAAUCUUCAUCAUUCAAUAAACCUAAACUAAAAUCUCUCCAUCAGAGAGCUGUUGACCAGGCCUUACAGAGUCCAAAUGGACACCUGGACUUGUUCCUCCGCUUCCUCCUGGGACUUUCACUGCAGACCAAUCAGAGACUCCUACAUGGUCUGCUGACACAGACAGGAAGUAGCUCACAGACCAAUCAGGAAACAGUUCAGUACAUCAAGGAGAAGAUCAGUAAAAAUGUGUCUGCAGAGAAAAGCAUCAAUCUGUUCCACUGUCUGAAUGAACUGAAUGAUCGUUCUCUAGUGGAGGAGAUCCAACAGUCUCUGAGUUCAGGAAGUCUCUCCACAGAUAAACUGUCUCCUGCUCAGUGGUCAGCUCUGGGUUUCAUCUUAGUGUCAUCAGGAAAAGAUCUGGAUGUGUUUGACCUGAAGAAAUACUCUGCUUCAGAGGAGGUUCUUCUGAGGCUGCUGCCAGUGGUUAAAGCCUCCAACAAAGCUCUACUGAGUGUCUGUAACCUCUCAGAGAGAAGCUGUGAAGCUCUGUCCUCAGUUCUCAGCUCCCAGUCCUCCAGUCUCAGAGAACUGGACCUGAGUAACAACAACCUGCAGGAUUCAGGAGUGAAGCUUCUCUCUGCUGGACUGAAGAGUCCAAACUGCAACCUGGAAACUCUCAGCUUAUCAGGCUGUUUGGUCUCAGAGGAAGGCUGUGCUUCUCUGGCCUCAGCUCUGACCUCCAACCCCUCCCAUCUGAAAGAGUUGGACCUGAGCUACAAUCAUCCAGGAGACUCAGGAGUGAAGCUGCUGUGGGCUGGACUGAAGGAUCCACACUGGAGACUGGAAGCUCUCAGGGUGGAGCCUGCUGGAGUCCAAUUCUUGACACCAGGUCUGAGGAAGUAUUCCUGUCAACUCACCAUCGACACAAACACAGUGAACAGAAACCUCAAACUGUCUGAAGACAACAGGAAGGUGACAUUUGUGAAGGAGCUUCAGUCAUAUCCUGAUCAUCCAGACAGAUUUGAUAACUGGAAUCAGCUGCUGUGUAGAACUGGUCUGACUGGUCGCUGUUACUGGGAGGUCGAGUGGAGAGGAGAAGUUGAGAUAUCAGUGAGUUACAGAAGAAUCAGGAGGAAAGGAGACAGUGGAGACUGUUUGUUUGGAAGGAAUGAUCAUUCCUGGAGUCUGAGCUGCUCUGAUGAUGGUUACUCUGUUUGGCACAAUAACAUAGAAACUCGUCUCUCCUCCUCCUCUGUCUCUAACAGAGUAUCAGUGUAUGUGGACUGUCCUGCUGGCAUUCUGUCCUUCUACAGAGUUUCCUCUGACUCACUGAUCCUCCUCCACACCUUCAACACCAAAUUCACUGAACCUCUGAUUCCUGGAUUUGGGGUCUGGGCCACUUCAGGUUCCUCAGUGUUUCUGUGCUGAGUUGAGUCUAAAGAGUCUAAAGAGUCUACAGAAUCUCAUCCUGCUAGAAAAUCUCUCACUGAUUAAAAGAGUUCAGUCUCUUCAUGUCUGUUUCAUUCAGAAACAUAUUUUCAUGGAUCCAAACUGUUUCUUGGUUAAACUCUUCUACAGUUAUAAUCCUGGGAUUAUUCCUGGAUUAUAACUGGAUCAACUUGUUGUUUUUUCUGUUUCCAGUCAAAUUUUCACAAUGAAUCUCAGGAUGUUUUGUUUCUCUCUUGAUUUUUUUCCUUUCAUUUAUUAUUCAGAUUUCUUUGAAUUUACAUCAGUUUUUCUCAAUCACUGGACAUUUUUUUGUUUCUGUCAACUCGUAUAUUCUUAUAUUAGUCUUGGAUUAAAAUGUUAUUUUUUUGUAUAUUUACUGCAGUUCUACUUCUUGUGUUUUAGUGAACAAUAAACACAUUUUAUUCUG